AUGACUAUGUGUACGUCUAAGAGAAGGUCGACUGGAUGCCAAGAGGGAGAAGUCCUUCACGUAGAUGGGACAUGUGUAACUCCUGAGGUCACAAGAAAGGUCUACUUAUUUACUAUUCCUGAACAAGAGAGACCCGUUGGUCCAGCCCCUAGUAUUCCUCCUCCAGCAGUGGACCACAACAUCUUGUUCGUGCGCCUUCCUGAGGAAGCACCUGCACCUGACCCCAUCGUACUUCCUCCACCAAGGCAAAACAACAUCGUCUAUGUACUCAACAAGCAAGAAGAACAAAUUCAACAAGUGAUCGAAGUACCAGCUCAGCCACAAUCUGAUCCCGAGAUUUACUUCGUCAACUACCAAGAUGGCGAGAAUCCCACCCUUCCCUUAGGAGUAGACCUUGAAACUGCUCUCAGCGCCGCUGCCGCGGCCGGUGGUCAGGUUCUAGGAGUCGAUGGAGCUGGUGGAGAAUCUGGAGUUGGUGGAGCAGCUGGAUUUGGUAGUGUGGAUGGAUUAGGAGGUGCAGAUGUAGUUACUGGAGGACAUGGAGGUAAUGGUGUUGGGGGUGUAAAUGGACUUGGUGGUGUUAAUGGAGCCGGUGUUAGUGGAGGAGUUAAUGGCGGAGCUGGAGGAUUCCAGACUGGCUCGGGGGAUAGACCAGCAGGCCUUUACACCACUCCCUAG